UGUACAUGUAGUGACAGUGAAGUCAACCAUGGACGCGGAGUUCUUGAGGUAUAACUUUGAAGACGGACACGAUGGGAUCAUCACGAAGACCAGCUUCAAGCUGGGAGUGCGGCACAUCCAGAUGGUGUACAUGGCGCUGUGCUCGCUGGCGCUGGGCACGCUGAGGAGCAGCACCGCCGUCGCCGUGCUGGCCGUGGCCGACCAUACCAGAGUCAAUGAUACUUACAUACAGAUCCACGACUGGGACCGCCGCACGCAGGGCAGCGUGCUCUCGGCGUUCCUGAUGGGGUACGCCAUCGCGCUGUUCCCGGCAGAGCGGUACCUGAAGCAGGCGGGGGACAAGCUCAUACUCACCGCUGUGCUGCUCAUCAACGGCGGACUGGCCGCUGCCAUGCCCACUAUUAUUAACAAGGGUGGCUGGGCGGCUGCGGUGAACGCGCAGCUGUUCGCGGGGAUGUCGCAGGCGUGUCUCACCCCCGUCCAGCACCACCUCAGCGCCACCUGGCUGCUGCCCAGCGAGAGGCGGAUGUUUAGCUAUGCUAUACAUACCGCUCUCCACUUGGGCACGAUAAUCGCGUUUCCCAUCUCCGGUGCGCUGACGCGGGCGCGGCUGGGGUGGGAGCUGGUGUGCUACGCCCAGGCCAUGGGCACCCUCGCCGUGGCCACCAUGUGGGUGCUGCUGACGUCCAGCACGCCGGACAAGCACGAGGCCGUGGGGGACAAGGAGAAGGAGAUGAUUAGAGAUGCGAUGGAGACUUACAAACAGAAAAACCUCCCCCUCCCCUGGCGGCGUAUAGUCCGGUCGCGUAAUUUCUGGGGUCUGGCGGGCGCGCGGGCCGCCUCCAACGUGCUGUUCAUUUUCUGUCUCACCGAGCUACCUGCCUUGUUCUACUCCCUCAACCGGUCAGUUGAAAUGAGCUCGAUUCAAGCAGCAUUUCCCCUGGCCACACUAUGGCUGGUGUACACCCUGACGGCUCCUGUAGCGAAGUUCGCCUUCCGAGUGGUGCGCUUCAACUACGUCUUCGACAUGCGAUACUUUAGGAAGGUCAUCAAUGGCUUUGGUGCUUUGGGCGUGUGUUUGUGUCUGGUGGUGACGCCGCACCUCCUGCCGGGCUGGCCGCGGCUGGCGGUGAUGAUGAUGAUAGUUUCACAAGCCUUCGUCGGAUUGCAGUACUCGGGGUUCCUGGAGAACCACAGCGACGUGACGGAGAACUUCGCCAGCAGCCUGCUGAUGAUGACGGGCGUGGUGGGGGCGGCGGUGGGGGCGCUCGUGCCGCUCACCUGUGGGGCUGUCGUAGGGGACGAUGUUAGCAACCCGAGCAGAUGGAAGGUGGUGUUCAGCGGAGUGUGUGUGGUGUACGCCGGGGGUCACGUGGUGUACAGCGCGCUCGCCAGCGUCGACCGACAGCCCUGGGACCAGGAUCAUAAACCUAAGAUCGGAUAUAACAAUGACGCUUCGAACAUGGAACUGGAUGAUAUCGACGUGACAUCAACCUGCGACCUUGACAUGAGAAUAUAGAUUUAACAUGA